GCCAUUCGCUGCUGGCAAGUUGGCUAGUUAGCUAGCUACAUAGAAUGCUUUCGAGAAAGAAAAUAAUUAUGUGAAAUCAAUUAAUUAAUUUAGACUUUACCACAGAGAAACAAAAAGGAGUACUGGGGCUGAGGGCUCUAUUAGUUGUCAACAACAGCGCAAGAAAAAACAUUUGUAAAAAUUCUUUUGAGGUCCGCUAUUAAGCUGGGCUAAGAGUACACCAGCAUAUCAUCUUCGGCAACGAUGUUUAUUUACCUUAGUAAGAAGAUUGCAAUUCCUAACAGCAUUCGACUGAAAUGUGUGUCCUGGAACAAAAAUCAAGGUUUCAUUGCCUGUGGAGGAGACGAGGGUCUCUUGAAGGUCCUGAAGCUAGAAACUCAAACAGGGUUAAAAGCGUUAGGUUACAUGGGACUUUCUACUACAGAUGAUGCCAAACUGAAAGGGCUUGCAGCUCCAAGUAACCUGUCCAUGAACCAGACACUAGAAGGGCACAGUGGUGCAGUGCAGGUGGUGACAUGGAACGAGCAGUACCAGAAACUGACCACCAGUGACCAGAAUGGCCUCAUCAUCGUCUGGAUGCUGUACAAAGGCUCCUGGUACGAGGAGAUGAUUAAUAACAGGAAUAAGUCAGUGGUGAGGAGUAUGAGCUGGAAUGCAGAUGGUGAGAAGAUCUGUAUUGUGUAUGAAGACGGCGCCGUUAUUGUGGGAUCAGUGGAUGGUAACAGGAUCUGGGGGAAGGAGCUAAAGGGAAUCCAGCUGGCUCAUGUGGCCUGGUCUCCCGACAGCAAGAUCCUGCUGUUUGGAAUGGCGAACGGAGAGAUCCACAUCUACGACAACCAGGGCAACUUCAUCAUGAAGAUGACCCUGCACUGUCUGAUGAAUGUGACCGGGCUCCUCAGCAUCGCCGGGAUCCACUGGUACGCGGGCACCGAGGGCUACGUCGAGCCCGACUGUCCCUGCCUUGCUAUCUGCUAUGACAACGGCCGCUGUCAGGUCAUGCGCUAUGAGAACGACGACAAUCCAGUGAUAAUCGACACGGGCAUGAAUGUUGCCAGUGUCCAGUGGAACCACUGUGGCAGCGUCCUUGCUGUUGCAGGCUCUCUCCGGAACAUGGGAAGCGAUAAAGAUGUGAACGUCUUAAAUUUCUACACACCAUUUGGAGAGCACCUUCGCACCCUGAAGGUUCCCGGCAAGCAGAUGACUGCCGUGUCGUGGGAGGGCGGAGGUUUGAGGAUCGCCCUGGCUGUGGACUCCUUCAUUUACUUUGCCAACAUCAGACCUGACUACAAGUGGGGCUAUUGUUCCAACACCGUGGUGUACGCGUACACCAGGCCGGACAGGAUGGAGUACAGCGUGGUCUUCUGGGACACUAAGAACAAUGAGAAGUUUGUGAAAUAUGUGAAGAGCCUGCUGUCGGUCACCACCUGCGGCGAUUUCUGCAUACUGGCCACCAAGGCGGACCACUCCCACCCCCAGGAGGACACGGACCCUGAUGCUGUAGUGGCAACGUAUGUGCUGGUGCUGUGUAACUCCAUUGGGACUCCCCUGGACUCCAAAUACAUCGACAUCGACCCUCUGUUUGUAACUAUGACGAAGACUCACGUGAUCGCCGCGUCCAGGGAGGCCCUCUACACCUGGCAGUACCGCGUGGCCAAGAAGCUCACUGCUCUGGAGAUCAACCAGGUUGCCAAGACCAGGAAGGAGGGUCGUGAAAGGGUUUACCACAUAGAUGACAGCCCAACUGGCACUACGGAUGGCACCCUGGACUUUGCCAAAGCCUUCACUGCUACAAGAGAUCCCAUCUGUUGUAUCACAGCAUCAGACAAAAUUCUCCUAGUGGGUCGAGAGUCUGGGACCCUGCACAGAUACAGUUUACCCAAUGUCAGCCUUCUGCAGAAGUAUUCUCUGAGCUCCCGUGCUUACCAGCUCUCUCUCAACUGCAACUCCAGUCGCCUGGCCAUCAUCGAUAUGAUGGGAGUGCUGACGUUCUUUGACAUGGAGGCACGGGGCUCCCCAGGUGAUGCGGAGGGAGCUUCUUUAGCUGGAGACCCCUCCAAAUUUGAGCGCAAAGAUGUCUGGGACAUGCAGUGGGCCAACGACAACCCUGACUUGUUCGCCAUGAUGGAGAAGACUAGGAUGUAUGUCUUCCGAAAUCUGGACCCAGAGGAACCAAUUCAGACAUCCGGUUUCAUCUGCAACUUUGAAGACCUGGAAAUUAAGUCCGUUCUUUUGGACGAAAUUAUGAAGGAGCCGGAGAGGCCAAACAAAGACUUCCUGAUGAACUUUGAGAUCCGCUCGCUGAGGGACAGCAGGACACUGAUCGAGAAAGUGGGCAUAGGGGAUGCCUCACAGUUCAUAGAGGACAACCCCCACCCCCGCCUCUGGCGUUUGCUGGCCGAGGCCGCCCUGCAGACCCUGGAGCUGAAGACAGCCGAGCAGGCCUUUGUGCGCUGCCGGGACUACCAGGGCAUUGAGUUCGUCAAGCGUCUGGGCAAGCUGCAGAGCGAGGCCAUGAAGCAGGCCGAGGUGGCCGCCUACUUUGGCCGCUUCGAGGAGGCUGAGAAGAUGUACCUGGACAUGGACCGCAGGGACCUGGCCAUCAGUCUGAGGAUAAAACUGGGCGACUGGUUCCGGGUUCUGCAGCUGCUGCGUACAGGAUCGGGUGACAGCGAUGACGCCCUACAGGAGCAGGCCUACAACGCCAUUGGCGACUACUUCGCCGACAGGCAGAAAUGGCUGAACGCGGUGCAGUACUACCUACAGGGCCGCAACCAGGAGAGACUGGCCGAGUGCUACUACAUGCUGGAGGAUUAUGAGGGUCUGGAGAGACUCGCUAACUCUCUGCCCGAGAACCACAAGCUGCUACCAGACAUCGGGCAGAUGUUUGUGACGGUGGGGAUGUGUGAGCAGGCAGUGAGCGCGUAUCUGCGGUGCAGCCAGCCCAAAGCGGCAGUUGAGACCUGCGUGCACCUGAACCAGUGGAAUAAAGCUGUGGAACUGGCUAAGAACCACAAUAUGAAGGAGAUUGGUCCUCUGCUGUCAAAGUACGCCACUCACCUGCUGGAGAAGAACAAAACUCUGGAGGCUGUGGAGCUGUACCGCAAAGCACAUCAUUUCCUGGAGGCGGCCAAGCUUAUGUUCAAGAUCGCUGAUGAAGAGGCAAAGAAGAGGACGAGGCCGCUGCGGGUGAAGAAGCUGUACGUGCUCGCCGCCCUGCUGGUGGAGAACUACCACGAGCAGGUCAAAAGCUCCCAGCACAGCAAAGCCAAGGGCAAGAAGUCAGAGGCCACGUCAGCUCUGGCCGGCUUGCUGGAGGAGGACGCGGCUGCGUCAGAUGGCUGUACAGUGGACAAAGCAUGGCGGGGCGCGGAGGCCUAUCACUUCUUAUUGCUGGCCCAGAGGCAGCUGUACGACGGCACGCCCGAGGCCGGCAUGAGCACAGCUCUUCACCUGCGGGACUACGAGGACAUCAUCCCCCCUGUAGAGAUCUACUCCCUGCUGGCGGUCUGCGCGUCGGCGAGCCGUGCCUUCGGAACCUGCUCCCGGGCCUUCAUCAAGCUGGAGUCGUUGGAGAGUCUGUCCGCGGAGCAGAGGCAGCUCUACGAGGACCUGGCCCUGGAGAUCUUCACCAAGCACAGUCCCAAAGACAGCCGCCUUCUAGACAGUCCGGACGACAGUUCGGAGGGCAAGCCGCCCACCUGUAUAGUCACCGGCAGACGCAUCUCUGACUACCAGUUCUGGAUGUGCAGCGUGUGCAAGCACUGCGCCCGCGAGCAGGACAUCACAAGCCACAGCUUCUGCCCUCUGUGCCAUGCCCCACUGGCCUGACUCCGCCCAUCCCUGCGGCCUCCUCUGCCCCACGUCCCUGCCCUCUGCCUCCCUGUACGGUGCCCUGCCUCCUCUCCCUGUCUCUCCUUGUUCUUCGUUCAAGAAGAAUCCCAGGACAUGCUCCACUCACUUUAUAUCGUUACUCCGCAAUUAACCGACAUGAAGACACUGUUGGGUUUGCAACCAUAAGGAAAUCAGCCAUGGUUUAAAAGGCUUAGCAAUGCUAAUGGUUUAAUAACUUAGAAUGAAACAGAUUUGGAAACCAACUUUUCACUGAUGUGUGUAGAAAACUAUAUGGGUAGGAAGCCCCUCCAGGAACUAGGGAUUAGUCCGCUGCUGUGUAGCAGCAGUGAGAACAAAAUGUUACACUCUAAAUUACUCUACGCGUCAGCCUACAGUAACGGCACAGGAAGUAUCUGACUGUUUUGAUUUUUUUAACUGGUCCGUCACCCAUCGAGCGAUCUAAUCCAAGGCACUAGCCUUGAAUAACAAACAGUCUUCUGUCAGUUUGACUACAGAGCUUUUGGCAUUGUGGUCACUUGCCUAAAUGUUUACUACACUUGAAUGUACCUUAUAUUUUUGCAUUAGCAAAUUAUAUGCAUAUAAUAUUUUUACUUUAUCACCUGUUAUAUGUUUACUUAGACAAUGAAUCUUGAUGUGCAGUGUCUUUAACGUGUCCAUGUGUGUAGAACGAAAGAGCAGCUAUACACACAUACAAACACACACACACACACACACACAUUAUAUAUAUAUAUAUAUAUAUUG